UGUGAGUUCGUGCUUUGUGACUGUUUGACACUUUGAAUAUAGAUGAAUUGAAUACCUGUUGAGUUUGUAUAUUUGACGGUAAAGGUGUGUUGAAGUGACAUUGUUAUCGUCAGUAUGUCAUGAUUACUUUCUUUAGAAUGAACUAGUUCAAUCCAUGACCAUUAUGAGCUUCUGGACUCUUCUAAUUAUAAGCGCUGCCAUCUCUGCCGGCAGUUCGUCUCGAGUGCUCGAGUUGAGCGACAGGUUCCUGGACGUCAGGAAGGAUGGUCAGUGGCUGGUCAUGUUCUACGCGCCGUGGUGCGGCCACUGCAAGCGCCUGGAGCCAGUGUGGGCCCAGGCCGCCCAGACGCUGCACAACACCAACAUCCGUGUGGGGCGCGUCGACUGUACCCGCUUCACCAGCGUCGCGGCGGAGUUCGGCAUCUCCGGCUUCCCCACCGUGCUGUUCUUGAAGGGCGAUGAAAGUUACGUGUUCAAAGGCGAUCGUACAAAGGAAGAUAUUGUCGACUUUGCCCUGAGGUUGUCUGGCCCACCUGUGCAGCAGUUGACAAAAGAAGAAAGCAUGAAGAGCAUCAUCUCAUCCAACCCGCUCUUCUUUGUUUACGUUGGCGAGCAAGAAGGACCAGUUUGGGCCGUUUAUUCUGAUGUGGCAGAGAAUUUCCAGGCACAGGGAUUUUUCUAUGCUGUCUCACCAGAAAUAGCAAAAAAUUAUGUGAAUCUCAAGAACACGCCAUCCGUGUUUGUUUUCAAGGAAAACUCUUUCCACUUCAUAAAUGAUGGUGCCAGCUUGGACGACGUUGCAUACGAAGACUUGAACGACACGAUGCACAGCUGGGUGAACGAGGAGAGGUUCACGACGUUCCCCAAAGUCACGCGGGGAAACAUCCACCAGCUGCUCCAGACGAAGAAGUACCUGGUGUUGGUGGUCUUGCAGGAGAACAAGUUGCACGAGAUACCUGCGGAGAUGCUAGAAUUCAGAGACAUGGUUGAAUCCGUCAUCAGAAUGAAAAGAGAUAAGUUCCACAAGUGGUUUCAAUUCGGGUGGGUCGGCAACCCUGAGCUCGCCAACUCCAUAGCGAUGACCCACCUGUCCCUCCCAUACCUGCUGGUGGUCAACUCGACGACGAACCACCACCACGUCCCGGACGACGAUCCGGGCCGGAUGACCUCGGAGGCGGUCGUCCUGUUCCUGGAGCGGAUCCACAACCAGUCUGCCCCGGCGUACGGAGGCAACUCGUGGCCGGUGCGGCUGUACCGAACGUACUUCGAGAUGCGGACGUCCCUCGCGGACAUGUGGCACGGCAACCCUGUGCUGACUGCCGUGCUGUUCGGCCUGCCGCUGGGCUUCCUCAGCCUCAUCUGCUACUCCAUCUGCUGCGCGGACAUCAUGGACGCGGACGAGGAGGAAGAAUUGGGCCACGAAAAGAAGGAGUAAGUGCGCGUGUACACCAACCAGGUGUGCCGUCUGUCAUUCAGUGCCAUACGUGACGUUAACUGUUUCACGGGUGUGGUAUGAUAAAAUCCUCGUGGGAUUGCGAUGUCCAAGUGAGCGACACAGACACAAUCCGAGUUACCGUUUUGUCUGCUGAGAGAGGAAAACCUAAAGGUGAAGUGAGCUCUGUUUGUGGGGCCAAAAGACUAAUUCUCGUUUUUUUUUUUUUUUUGCUACAUGUUGUGAGGAUAGAUUUUAGCAUCCUUACCCUUCCAUUUUUUAUUUAUUUAUUUAUUAAAAACAAAAUUUUUAAAAUAAAAGCCAUAUUUUAACACGUAAGGCUCAGUCUCAACGCCAUGAAAUUUUUGAAAUGUAACUUCUUUGGGCGUGAUAGAAGUAUAAAAUUUCAAGGCCGAAAUUUAAUGCAACAUUUUCAUAAAACAUUGUGUAUUUGGGCAGAGGGCAACACAACGGGGUUUGAGCUUAUUUUGAAGUGAAUAAUAAUUCUUUAAAUUCAUAUUUAUUUAGAAAAUGUCUUAUUUCUCUCUUUCUCUCUCUCUACCGUUUUACCCCUUACAAUAUACUUAUGAGUCGAGGUUUUAAUUGCCAAAAAUGUUUCACUAAAAUAGCAUAUACUGAGUUACACAUGCUCUUUCUUUUUUUGACCCUACUUUUAUUUAAGGGUUAUUUCUAAAAUUUUAACUCUAUAUCUCCCUUGCAUUGAUUAUGCCACAAAUAUUUUAAAGGGAUAUUCCAGUGGUGUAUUAUCAUGGGUGUAAAAUUUCACAAAAUUGAUUAUAAUUAUGAAGACUUGCACACCUUUUCACACCCAUGAUAUUGCAUUAAGUGAAUAUUUGUUGAAAAUACACGAGAGUCCCGUUAUAGCGAGGUGUCACGGUUCCGGGUUUGAUCCUCGCUAUAACCGAAUUGGACAAAUUUUGGCCCCCAAAAAAUAAAAAUUAACCGAAAAUAGCAUAAAAAUUGUGUUUAAACCUGUAUAAUUGGAAAAUAACAGGUUAUAUUAACGAAAUCUUAAUUUCUGUGAGCAGAUGUGUGAAUUUUCUUUAAAACGAUACCCCAGAAGUACGGAUGCGAUCACCGAUUGCAUCAAAAUAACCAGAAUACCCUAUCAAGCCACGUAAGUAUAGCAUCUCAGCCCGCGGCCGACGCAGCAUUGCCCUGCUAUCUAUUGCCGACGCGGGCUGUCUGCUGGCGGCCAUGUUGGUUCGGGAUGUUGCUAACAGGUGGUGCUAGUGUAGCGCGACGAUUUAAUUCCUUACAAAAAAGCAGGAGUGCGGCUGCGGCAACGCACGUACGCCUCAAACGAAAUAGUCGCUGGAAAACUAUACUUUUUUCAUUUAAAAAAACCUGUCAACUUUUUUAGAAAAUAAAUUUGGGAUUAAACUCAAACCAUCACCACCCCUUUCUCGGACAGAUACCCCAACAACUGACCGAAACAAAAGUUACAAGAAAACUGACCUAGCGAUUCGGAAAUAAAUACGGUAGUGCCGACUAGAGGUGUAAAAGUAACGAAAAAAUGCGUAACCGUAUGUAUUUGUUACUAUAACAAUUAGUACUCGUUACUAUCGUUACGUUACUCGUUACUUCUGAUACCGCAUAACAUGCUAUGUUAUGUUGCAGCAACGAAUCCAGUCGUAUUGCGUACGCGUGCAGUAUGAUGUCGCGUAAAUAAUAAUAAAUAGAGUAUAAACAAUUAACAAUAUUUGAUAAUUAAUAGUUUUUGUUAACCAAGAAACAAUUAAAUUUCAUUAGAGUGGCUUUUUGAUAUUAUCUCUUUUAAGAUAACCAAAAAAAACGUGAAAAUACGCGAUUAUAAAAACAAAAACAUACAUAUUUCAAAUUUGUAAAAAAUACUUUCUUACGUUGUUUCUGUUCCAAUCUCAAACUUUGUCUACACACGGCACAGAUAACUAACGGAAGUUUGAUAAAAGAAAGAAAGGAUGGGAUUCUAUUUUUAAGCCACGCACUUAGGUGGCGACUGCACGGCUGAAGAAUGUGACGCGUCAACGGCAAGAUGUCUAGUGGCGAGCAAGAGGGGUGGAGAUAAAGCAGGCAAAUAACAAAAGCGCGCUACAAGCGAUCACGCCGUAAAUUCCUCAAAAAUACCUCGUUAUAGCCGUGUUCUCGCUAUUACUGUGCUCGCUAUAACGAGAUUCUACUGUAUUUGUGGCAGAACAGCAAAUCCAUGGGAGGUAUUUACUUAAUACAUUGUAUUGAAAAAAAAUUAAACAUGGCAUGAGAGACCCAGCCUUAAAAAAAAAAAAAAAAAUUGAUGAUUGAUUUAUUUAUGUUUUGUAAGUCAGAAUUUAUCAUCAGAUGCCAUAAGUGUGACAUGCCCUUCAGUCUGGCGUGUGUUUCACGUGGGCCUUUAUUCGUCUCUGAUCAGGGACAGAUAACUAAACAAAUAUAUGUACAUGCUUCCAAGUCUGGAUUUUAAACCUUUUUAUAUGGUGUAAGUACAGAAAAUAAACAAAGUUCAGUGAUUUGCAACUCCUGGAAAUUCAGUUAAAGAUUGAGUAAAAUUUUCAGUGACGUGCUGAUCCAAGCAUGAGCGCCUAGCCCAUCAGCAUGCGUGUUCACUGGUCAUCUUGUCUCACCCAGUCUGCAGAGUAACACACGUUAAAGUUUGUUACUGAAUAUUCCCCUUUACGACCCCAUUUAUUACAACAGCUCUCUUUUCAAGGGACUCUGAAAAACAUUUUUGUGUUGGGCGUGUCAAAAUUUUGAUGGUAAUCGGCAACAAAUGUAUUUGAUUUGAAGUGCACUAAACUGCAUUUCUCUUGGCGAGUGCUGUACUGCACAUAGUGCUGUAGACAGUUUCUCCUCCUGACUAACCCCCUUCACCCUCCUACCACAAAUAACAGUUUCAUGGCACCAGGCUUGUCUUCCUGCUGGCCGCAAUCUUCCUUGCCCAAACCCCUCUCAAAUACACUUAAAUUUAGUUAGGUUGGGGGAAAAAAAAACAUUCUGAGAUAUGUAUCUUGCUCUUGAUCACACUACCCUCUCUGUUACAGUCCGUAAUUAUGAAUUUUGCACGAUUUUGAAACACACUUUAUUUUGAUUACUGUUUGUUGACAACUUACUGAUCUUUUAUUUUUCUACUCCAAUUUAGUUGCUCUUACAUAUUUUUUUUUUUACAUAAUUUACAAACUUUUAAUUCAUGUAAAAUGAGUAUGAAGUGGGAAUUAGCAAGAUCCCGAAAUUCAAGAUAAGUUUCAGGAUCACUUAAGGAUUUUCCCCCCCUAAAAUUUCACAUUAAAUAAAUACGCUUUUUACCUGUCUGUAAAACAUCAUACAAUGCUGUGCCCGCCCAGUGGUUAGUUUCAUUCAAAACACUGCUAAGGAAAUUUGUACAGGAUCUAGUAGAAAAACUGCGGCUCUAAACAUAUGGAAUGAUUAAGUUAUCCUGACAUGCUUUUCGAGUAGAUAUAGAGCGACCAUCCAAAUGCACACCCACCCCCUACUCCUCUUGUCGUUCUAACUGCAGAUGAUGAUUAUUUUGACAGCUCAGGCAAUUAUCUUUUCCCAGGGGUACACAAAAAAAAAGUCCCUUCACAGAAUAAAAAAUUUACCCUUUUAUCACGAGCACAACACACACUGUAAAAUUGGCUGCCGUCAGUAUGUCUGUAAGAAAAGAGGGAUUCGAAGCUUAUAUUACCACUUCAUCAGAAAAAUAAAAAAUGACAAGAGAUAAAUAUUCCUGCCAGGAACAAGUAAGUCCCCCUUAUUUAAACUUUAAGGUUUUUACUGAAGCCCAGCUUUGGUAUAGUCAUACUUUACUAUAAAAACCAAAUGCCUUUAUAUUAAAAAAAAACUUAAUGCAACUUUGAACUUUGAUGGUGUAUUCAACACCCCACACAUCUGUAAGAGCCUUGGUUAUCAAUAGGCAAGAGUAUAUUCUAGUACUCCAGAUGUGCUCCAUAUGAACUCCACAGUAAAAAAAUGUCCCAAGGCCAAAAACAAAUGUGAAGAUUUACAGUUAAAUAAAAGUGACCUAGUUGCUAAAGUGACCAGUUUUGAGCCCUGUAAAUGUAAAAUGCCUUAGAGUGAUCUGAUAAUAUGCAAUUUAAAGUGAGGUAAGUUUCACUGUAUAAGUGUGUUAGGUUAGAUAUUAGCAACCAAAAGGUUUGAUUCAAGUACUUAAGCCAAAAAUUAUUUGAGCAAAUAAUUCAGGUUUCUAUGCCAUACAUAAAGGUUUCCUCUUGCAAACUGUUUUUAGAUGGAAGUAGUAUUUGUUCUGUAUUGGGUGAGAAUUUUAUAUUUAUUAAUUAUUACCAAUCACUGUUUUCCUAUAAAGCCAAUCUUUACAGUAAGGUAACUUCAAAUGUUAAUAAUAAAAAGACAAUCAUAUUCUAAUUACAUGCCAACUUGAGAAAAAACUUUUCUUCAACAUUUUUUUCACAUCUAGGUACUUAUGUAAAUGAACCAUUUGUACAUUUGUUGUUUCAUAACAGUAAACUAAAUCUGUGCAAAGAACUUGAAAUGAUUUAAUUCUUAGUCAUUGUGAAAAGUAACUCUUCGUGUGUUUUAUUUUUCUACUUAUUGGUUUUACUAGAAUUUUAUUCUGACCCACUUAACAUUCCCUACACUGGUGCAGUAUGUCGUAGCGGUUCCAUAGUAAUUAUAAAUGAUUUCGCUUUAAAUGGGGUAAUGGUGUCCAUAAAAACAAAAAUUGUUUAGCUUUAGAACUUAGGAAAUGGCUGAUUUGUAUUAAGUUUGAUUGUAGAGAUUAAGUUUGGGAAAUUUCUUUUUUCUAUACAAUCAAAAAUUAUUACAGGAUCAUUAACUUUUGAAACUUUAAGCUAAUUUCAACUUUCAGUUUCUCUUUUAAAAAUUAUAUUUAUAAAUUCUAAACACUGUUGUAACAAAAUAAAAGGUAAAGCAACAUAUCAUUUUAGUCUCCUUGAUACAGAACUUUUUACAAAAACAGCCAUAGAUUUAAAAUAAAAUUGGUUAUCGAAGUAGUAACAUUAUUUUCUAUAUUAAUUUUUUCUUAGCUCAGGUCUUCUUUUUUUUUUUUAUUAUUUAUUGUCUAUGCUUAAAAAUAAUUGGACAGCUAAGAACAAAAUACAAAAUAUCCCUUUCAGCACAGCAUACAGGCGUAGGUAUAUUUAGAAGUACCUAUUUUUCUUUUUGAAAUGUUUUGUAACUCCUGGAAAAUAUUAAGAACUUAAUGUACAUAACAACCUGUAUGUUUACAGAUAUUCCAACAGAUAUUCCAAAAAAUAUCCAAUUUCAUUUUCUCAUAUUCCAUGAAGCAAAAAUAUUUUGAAUGAUUUAACUUAAUGCAUCCAGCAUUGAAUGUCUUAACGAAAUUCAUAUUAUGCAACAAUAUUUAAAAUUUUAAAACAUAAAUAAACUUAAAUUCAUAAGAGUACAUGGUAGGGAAGUUUUAUUUUUAGUCCCUGUUUUUCCAACCCCUUGUAGUAAUGGCUUGUAUUAUUAAAAAUUGAUUGAGACAAAAGUUUUGGAUAAAAAUUGUAAUAUUUACAAACAAAUGAAACAGAUUUUAUAAUUUACCUACCAAGGGAGUAAUGAAUUUUUUAAAAAUAUUCUAACUUAUAUUUUCAACUCCUUGGAGCAAUGAUUCAUCUAACCAAAAAUCAUUUCAGACAAAAGUUUUAGAUAAAAAUUAUAAGAUUUACAAACAAUUUGAAUGAAUUUGAUGAUGUGCCUACAAAGGGAGUUAUAUAUUUUUUUUUGUUCUCCGAACCUUGGUUUUUCAACCACUUGCAAUAAUAAUUGGUCGUAACAAAAACAUUUUCAGUGAAAAGAUUUUGGUAUUUCUCCUGAGUUAUAAAUAUAAUACGUUCAAACAGAUGUGAUAUUUUCCCUAUUAUGGAAGUUUAAGAAUUUAAAAAAAAAAAUCCUAUUUUCAACCCUUUGGUCAGAUAUUGCCUGUUAACAAACUCAACCGAGAUUUUCCACUAUGUAACAACUCGUACAAUCCAGUAAGACUAAUUUGUUAUAAAUAAAUGUUUUUGUCAAAUUUCAGGUUAGAUGUAAAAAAUUUUUCCUUUUGAAGUUAUUGUGAACGUAAUUCUCCAGGUUUAUUGUUUUUAUUUUCAAAAUUCAUAAGUUUAUUUUUUGAAGUAUUUUUUUUUUUUUCUGUCUUCUUUGUGUGGGAAGGCGUGCUGACGUGAUUAUCCUUCGUUUUUUUCCACGACCAAGGCUUUGUUUCACACACUAGGCGUGAGAGUCACGGGAGUGUGAGAAAGAUACGAAAUCGCUGCGUCGUGGGAACAGAAGUAAGCAUUUCGUGGAAGCUUGUGUUGCUAUGCACCGUGAUUGGCUGAGAAUUAUGGCAGCGAGCCCAGAACACUGCCCGCACAAAGGAAAGGAAGGCUGUAAAAUUCAGUCAUUGUCUGAGCACCGGGCCGAACGGUCGUUGUUCAAGCGAUGGCUCCGUGUAUAAUUUUUUUUACGUACAGUUUAGUUAAUUUUUUUGUGUGUGCUCUGUUGUACGAAAUAUAGUGUGAUUUUUCCAUGAAUUAAAAAAAACGGGUAAUACGUCUAA